GAUAACAUGUCCAGUGUUUCUGAAGGCAGAAGAAACAGGCAGCAGGAUAUUAAGAAAGGACUACAGUUUAUACAGUCACCUUUGCCAUACCGAGGAACACAGGAACAGUAUGAGGUGUUUUUAUGGACACUUAUAAGAAAUCUCUUUAAUGAAGGAAAUGAUAUAUAUCAAGAAUGUGACUGGAAUGGCUCAUUAAGUCAAUAUACAGAAGCUUUAAACAUAGCUGAUUAUGCAAGGUCUGAAGAAAUUGCAAUUUCUAAUGAAAUAUUAGAAAAGCUGCAUAUAAAUCGUAUUGCAUGCUAUUCAAAUAUGGGAUUGAACGAUAAAGUUCUAGAAGAUUGUGAUAAAGUUUUAAGUUUAAAUCUUAAUAACUGUAGAGCCCUGUAUCGGAAAGCUAAAGCCUUAAGUGACUUAGGAAGAUAUAAAGAAGCUUAUGAUGCAAUAGCAAAAUGUUCCUUGGCAGUGCCUCAGGAUGAAUGUGUAAUAAAACUAACUCAAGAACUAGCCCAGAAAUUAGGAUUUAAAAUAAGGAAAGCAUAUGUCAGAGCAAAGCUCUCAAAUUCAAUUCCAGGGGAAGUAGCACCUAAGGGUUCAAAGAACUCUAUAGAAGAUAUAGAAUUAGAUUUAUCAGAUCCAAAACAUGAAACUGCUCCUGUUACUUCCCUGCUGCCUCCUGAAUUAUCAAAUGAAUUAACUACGAUUCCUAUUACACCUUUAACUCCUGUUUUACCAUUACAAAUGGAGAAGAGUCCUCUGCCUUCUGCCAUGUUAGCAAAUGGAGGAAAGAUUUCCUUUACUUUACCUGAAACAUAUUUAGAUGAUGGAGAUAUUGUUCUUGGUGAUGAAAUAGAUGAACUACUUGAUUCUGCACCAGAAGCUGAUGAAACCAUUAUGACAGCCACAGUAGUCAGAGGAUCCAUUCCAACAUCUAGUGUAACUCCCAGUAUACCCUUUUCUGCACCUCUAUUGGGAACAUGUGCAGGGUAUGUUCCUGCAUCUUCCUUUUCAGAAAUAUAUCCACAACCUUUGACUUCAUCACUGGAAGAUUUUUGUUCUUCUUUAAAUACAUUUUCAAUGAGUGACUCCAAAAGAGAUCUGCCCACAUCAACUUCUAGAGAGGGAGCACUGCUUAACAACAGUAGUUCUUCCAUUUUACUUAUGAAUGGACCAGCUAGUUUGUUUGCUUCUGAGAGUUUCCUGGGAAUUUCAAGUCAACCUAGAAAUGAUUUUGGAAACGUUUUUAGUAGUGGGUCUCCUAAAGUGUCUUCAUCUUUAGCUGGAAGAAAUCCACUUGAAGGAUCUCAUGAAUUACGUCAAGCAUGUCAGCUCUGUUUUGUAAAAUCAGGUCCUAAAUUAAUGGAUUAUACCUACCUUCUCACUUUAGAUCAUAAAUGUAAGAAAGACCUUUUAAUUGGUAGAAUAAAGAAUGUUGAUGAUAAAUCAUGGAAAAAAAUACGUCCACGACCAACAAAGACAAAUUAUGAAGGGCCUUAUUAUAUAUGUAAAGAUGUUGCUGCUGAGGAAGAGUGUAGAUAUCCAGGUCACUGUACUUUUGCCUAUUGCCAAGAAGAGAUUGAUGUGUGGACAUUGGAACGAAAAGGUGCAUUUAGUCGAGAGGCUCUUUUUGGUGGCAGUGGAAAAAUAAAUUUUACAGUGUUCAAACUUCUUCAAGAACAUCAUGGAGAAUUUAUAUUCCUCUGUGAGAAAUGUUUUGAUCAUAAGCCCCGAAUAAUAAGCAGGAGAAAUAAAGAUGUUUCUUCUUCCUGUUCUCACCCGGUUACAAAGCAUGAAUUUGAAGACAACAAGUGCCUCGUUCAUAUUUUACGAGAAACUACAGUCAAGUAUUCUAAAAUCCGUGCUUUCCAUAGUCAGUGUCAACUUGAUCUGUGUCGUCAUGAAGUUCGCUAUGGCUGUUUAAGGGAAGAUGAGUGUUACUAUGCGCAUAGCCUUGUGGAACUAAAAGUCUGGAUAAUACAAAAGGAAACAGGUAUAACACAUGAUGCCAUUGCUCAAGAAUCUAAGCAGUAUUGGCAAAACAUGGAAGCAAAAGCACAUGGAGCACAGGUACCUGGGAACCAAAUAAAAUAUGGAUCUCUUAAUUUAAAGAUAAAGUUUGUAUGUGCCCAGUGUUUGAGAAAUGGUCAAGUCAUUGAACCAGAUAAAAACAGAAAGUACUGUAGUGCUAAAGCAAGGCACUCGUGGAACAAAGAUCGUCGAGCGAUGAGAGUGAUGUCUAAUGAACGUAAGAAGUGGAUGAACAUCCGUCCUCUUCCCACAAAGAAACAAAUGCCUUUACAGUUUGAUCUGUGUAAUCAUAUUGCUUCUGGAAAGAAAUGCCAAUAUGUUGGAAAUUGUUCCUUUGCUCAUAGUCCUGAGGAGAAAGAAGUCUGGACUUAUAUGAAAGAGAAUGGAAUACAAGAUAUGGAGCAAUUUUAUGAUAUUUGGCUAAAGAGUCAAAAACCUGAAAAAACUGAUGAUGUAGCUGGCCAGUCAAACAAGGAAAAUGGGAAACAAAUUCACAUGCCAACAGAUUAUGCUGAAAUUACUGUAGACUUUCACUGCUGGAUGUGUGGGAAAAAUUGUAAUAGUGAGAAACAAUGGCAAGGUCACAUUUCUUCAGAGAAGCACAAAGAGAAGGUUUUUCACACAGAAGAUGACCAGUACUGUUGGCAGCACCGUUUCCCAACAGGAUAUUUUAGUAUUUGUGAUAGAUAUGUGGCUGGUACUUGCACAGAAGGCAACACGUGUAAAUUUGCCCAUGGAAAUGCUGAACUUCAUGAAUGGGAAGAACGAAGAGAUGUUCUAAAGAUGAAGCUUAGCAAAGCAAGAAAAGACCACUUGAUUGCACCAAAUGAUAAUGACUUUGGAAAAUAUAGUUUUUUGUUUAAAGAUUUAAACUAAUACUAAAAGUGAUAUGUAUGUUUCCUAAUCAAAGCAUCAACUUGAAAAUUUCAAAGUAUUCAAAAGCAUGUAGCAGAGAAGCUGCAAGUUUUCUGCUUGUAUUGGCAUAUAUAUUGUUCCUCCUGAACAACAUUCUACAGUGGAUAUGAAAAUGGGGUGUUUAACAGAUCUGGCUGAGCUGUCAUGAAACCAGAUGGUAAACUGACAGGCUGCCAUAAAGUAUACCAGAUUUGCCAUCUGUUGAAUACAGUUUUGGAUGGAAGGUUGUUAGGGGGGAAAAGGAUGAGGAAAAGGAAAACCUCUUGAGUUGGUCCUUAAGCUGAGACCUUUAAGGUAAGAAUAAUAAGUAAUGUUCUGGAAUAAGAAGAAAAUGAUGGGUGAAAUUCUUUAAGUGUUUUAAUGGAAAGAGUGUUUAAAAAGAAAUAAAGUUUGCUACUUAUCUGUAUGUAGGUUGCUAAAAAGGAUUUUCCUAAUAAAGAUUUUAAGCAAAAUAACCAUUUAACACUAAUAAUAUAUGUUGAAUGGGGUAUUUUUUCUCUAUUUGUAUGUUUCAUUAUCACUUACUGAAAAGAAUCUUGAAGAAAUGUGCACUAAGAAUUUUUGGAGAAUCAGUGGGCUGAAAUUUUUUUUUUGUUUUUGUUUUUGUUUUUUUUGGUCUUUGCUGUUUAAAUGAUGAUUUUUGAAAGAUUUUACCUGUAUUGUUGGUAUUGUGUAUUGUAUGGACCAAUAUUGCCUGUAAUCAAACUUUAUAUAAAUGCCUUUUGGGGGAGGGUGGGCCAGUCCUUUUUAAUGAAAGAAAUAUUGUUGAAAUGUUUUAUUUUCCUAUUCAACAUUAAGGUUCUUCAAUUUUUUCUUUGUAGUUAGGAAAUUAUGUACUAAAUGCUUAUACAUUUAGCCGCCUUUUUGAAUGUAUGCUUUUUCUUUCUCUGUACCUUUUCUUUUUGGAUUAAUAAGAAUCUUCUGUGUAAUUGA